UCCGAGAAGAUCUGUCCACUUGUCGUGCUCUUAUUGAUCAGCCAGGACUCGGAUACACCGGUAACGCGCAUUGACACGCACAUGGCUUGAUGACAUCAUGACCAGAUAUCACUCCCCUCCUUUCCAGACACUCCUUUUCCUCUUCACCCUCUUCCCUCUCUCCCAUCUUUCUCCUCUACUCUCUCAAUCUCCUCUCAGCUGGACCUCUCCUCAUGACCCCUGCCACCACCUGGACGGGCGUCCGCGCCACUGCCUGUCUGAGUUCAUCAACACGGCCUACGGGAUGCCCGUGACGAUGGAGGACCUCCAGCAAGGACCCAAGACGAACAUCAGCGCUUUAACAGACCUUCAUAACCCCCACAAUCUAACGUGCUGGAUGGCCGACGAAGGCUCGGCUGGUGGGGAUUGGACUUUGACGGUUCCCCUGGGAAGACGCUUUGAAGUCACUUACAUUAGUCUUCAGUUUUGUCAACAGGUGGAGUCGAUGGAGUCCUAUUCCAUCUCCAUCUUGAAGUCGAUGGACUUCGGCCGGAGCUGGCGCCCUCUACAGUUUUAUUCAAGCGAUUGCAUGGGCGCUUUCGGCCGUCCCGCGCAGUCUAUCGCUCUGACGAAGCACCAGGAGACGGAGCCGCUGUGUUCGGAUCCCAGACCGUUGCAGAAGCAUCGUGGAAAUGUCAUGCUGGCCUUCUCGACUUUAGACGGACGCCCUUCCUCGCCGGAUUUUGACUACAGCCCAGGGCUCCAAGACUGGGUGACUGCAACCGACAUAAAGAUAGUGUUUCAUCAAUUGUCGAACGACAAAAUGAAAAAAGGGGAAGAGAAACUUAAUGAAGUGGGAGGUGCGUUUAGAUGGAGAGCAGGUGGAGAUAAAGCUCUGAGGUUUGGCGAGAAAAACACUGGCGUUAAGACAACCGAAAUUUGGGGAAAUAGUCGAGAAAAACAGACUUCGACGCAAAGAAUUAGGAAUAAAAGCAUCGUCCAAAGUGGUCACAAUGUCACACAAAAGGAAGAUAGAGUGGGAAGGGGCCGUAAGAAGGACGGUUUCAAGCCAUGCCAGGAUGAGACGUGUGAUUGGUCCCUAAAUAUCCCGCAGCAGGGCUCCAAAGGGCGAGAGUUGAGGAGAAGGAGAAACAACGGAGGGAGAGGGAAGUCCCGUUCUAAAUCGAGAAAAAAAGUCACGCAGCACCUCGUCCCGUCUUCUCUUUACGCCCCACCGAAAACCCCUUUCGCCCUUUCCGACCUGCAGGUGGGAGGCAGGUGCAAGUGCAAUGGCCACGCCUCUCGCUGUCGCCGUGACAACCAGGGGCGUGCCGUGUGUCAAUGUGAGCAUCACACAUCUGGGCCGGACUGUGACGUAUGUGAGCCAUUUUUUUAUGAUCGCCCAUGGCAACGGGCCACACCCAGCCAACCACACCCGUGCGUCCCAUGUGAAUGUAAUGGUCACUCUAGUAAGUGUAGGUUCAGUAUGGCCUUGUAUCAGCAGUCUGGUCGAGUCAGUGGAGGCAUGUGCUUGAAGUGCCGGCAUCACACAACGGGACGCCACUGCCAGUUGUGCCAGAACGGAUACAUGCGUGACCACACCAAACCUCUCAGCCACCGCAAGGCCUGCCAACCAUGCCAGUGCCAUCCCCUGGGUGCAGUGGGCCGUUGGUGUAACCAGUCCACGGGACAGUGUUUGUGUAGAGAAGGAGUCACAGGACAGAGGUGUAACCGAUGUGCUCCCGGGUACAAGCAAGGCCACUCCCCCCUCCGCCCAUGUAUCCGUAUUCAGGAGGUUGCGCCGCCCACCCCAGUUUACCAGCCUCAGUACAGCAUUGGCGAGGAGUGUCUUUCUUACUGUCCACCUUCCCAAGCAAGAGUCAAAAUGAAUUUAGAGACAUACUGUCUCAAGGAUUAUGUGCUGAAGGUGCAGGUAAAAGGUAAGGAACGCUCUGGUCCAUGGUGGCAGUUUUCCAUAUUGGUGCAGUCUGUUUUUCGCAUGGGCUCUUCGCACGUAAAGCGAGGCGUUCAGGCCCUCUGGGUUCCCGAUCGGGAUCUGAGCUGCGGCUGCCCUGCGCUUCAGAUGGGCCGAAGCUUUCUCCUGAUCGGAUCGGAGGAAAGCGGUCGGAGCUGGGUCCCCGAAGAGAGGCGACUAGUCGCAGACCGCACCACGAUGGCUUUGCAGUGGAGGGAACACUGGAGCCCGAAAUUAAGAGGCUUCCGCGGGCAGGACACCCGAGGAAAGUGCCCACAGGCAAACACCACUGCGCAGAAACACUCUCACCCAAACUCAUACGAGGAAUACACACCCCCACAUCUCGACAAACAUACACACACUGCGCAUAAGCAUCACUUAACCACACAAUCCGGAGAAUCAGACCUCAGACACGCACGAAAACACACCGUAACACACCUCGAAGAGGACCAUAAGGAGGAAACCGUCACGCCGCCCUUCCUUCAGGAAACACAGCAUGUGUUGCAGGACACCCAGGAUCCUCUCUCAGGUGAUUUAAGGACAAGUCAGGACAGCAAACACGGGCGGUACCAUCCGACAGCGUGUCCGACGUGGUCACCUGGCUGAAACAGGGAGACAUUAUGAGCUGGAAUAUACAAAAAGAAGUUAAGAAAUGCCUGGAGUGGGCUUUGGCUCAGACAAAUGCAUAGUGAGGGAUAUUUCGGUUGUCUGUUUCUUAUACAGAGCCACUCAAACCAAUGAAUAUUCGCACGCUUUUGCUGCGAGCAUCUCUGUAUUUUUGUAUUUUGUCCUACAUAUUCAUUAUAUUACAGAGCUGUUUGUAAAACAUGCAGGUGUUUUUCAUGCUCUUCUUCAUGUCACAUGCUCUGCACCUUCAGUCAGGAAAAGACGAGUCUGAUCCAACUAUUAAAAGACGGAAAAUCGCCGUGUUUUACUCACUUGAGUUGUUUCUUAAAUGUCGCUAAAAUGUCGGACAGUCAUACAUGUCAGACUGUAAGAGAUACAUUGUUUUCAGAUCAGCAGCUGACAAAUCUUACCCAAUCUGGUCUCGGUCAUUGACACACGUUAAGUGUGGCUAAAGAGAGUAAAAUGUAAAAUAUGUCAGUGCGGAUUAUGUGCCCACAGUAAUUAAAGUAGGUUUUUUUUGGUACCACUUUGUUCCAUACGAUGUACUUAUAACAGUAUUUACAAUAACUUAGGCAUAAACCCUGAACCUACCCCAAAACCUAACCUUAACCAAUGUUGUUACCUUAUUUACCCAGUAUUUUCUCACGUAAGGACACGUACUGUAAAAUAAAGUGCAACCGCUUUUAUUUUUCUCUCAA